GCUGCGAAUGCAUAAGCUGCAAUCCUCGGGAAAAAGUAUCUGGACAGGAAGCAGAAGUGGCCGAUUGGAGGUACGUCGGUCAAGGAUCAACGAAACGCCGUCCAGAGGAAAGGUGAAAGGACACUUGAAGCAGACUAUAAGUGAUUGAACGCCAAAAAUUUUGGUAGGCAGUGCCAUAAUACAGGAACCAAAAAUGUAAUCAUUCGCCGAGCAGAGAACUUUCCGCGGCUCACGUUGGUCACGUACAACCCUUGAGGAUAAAAGGAAGUCUAACGACACGAAGAAAACCACCCCGUCGAUUUCACCGGUUACUAAAAAGACAGCUGUCGUGCUCUUUGCUGCACGUGGUUAUCCCUGGAUCACGUUAAAAUCUUCCAAGUGUUCCUCGAGAGUUUGGCACAGGGUUGAAAUCGGACUGCUUCAUUAUCGUAAGGGAUUAAUUUCACAGGCUGCAGGUGUUUUUGGUUACGAGAAACGUGUUGCGGCCUACGAGAAGCGGGAAAAUAAUAAUAAAAAGAAAGAAACAAGAGACCGCCGAGCAUUCGGCAUCGGAAGGCCACGAAGACGAAGAUCAGUUGGAUAUAUUGUGUGCACGGGAGGGAAUAGCGAGUUCUAAAUUUGAAUUCCACAAGCCACGAGUGGCGCGGUACUCACACAGUGUCUUUCGAAGCUGAGGAACGAAACUGAUAUUGAAAUCCGGCUGAACUUGUUCCAUCGGAGAUCAAAAGAAACGGCGUGGAAAAUAAGAGGAGAGAAUAGAGCAUAGGAGAAACGAAUAAAAAAUAAAAUAAAUAAAAGAGGAAGACUGAAGAAAAAAAACAACAAGAACGUAUUACAAAUACGUCAACGUUUUUUGAUCGCGUAGUCGCCCCGGUCGCGCCAAAAAUUAAGAGAAUCAACCGCAAGUUGAGGAAACGAAAAUAUCGACGAGAAAACAAUUGAAAAAAGAAGAGAAAUAAAAAAAAAAAAAAACAAAACAAGAAAUAAAAUAAACAAAAAUAAAAACAGCAAACACGAAAGAAAAUAAACCAAUUAAAAAAAAGUCGGAUGGAAAAAACAAAAAUAUAUAUCAUCCCAGAUGUGCCAGCGGUGUCGGCCUACGUGACAUUUAUCAAACCUCGGUCAGCCCGCGUGGAUACAAAUUUUGCUCUCGUGGAUUCGGUCUGACUGUAUCUUCUAUUUCGGAUUUGCGAACUAAACGAGAAGACGGGCGUGAAAACAUAUCAGAUACAAUUUACCGUACAUGAAUACACGUGCAAAACGCACAGACACGAACACACGAAGGUGUAUAAUCGCAUAAUCAUCAUAGACGUCAAGGCCUUUGUUGAAAUCAUUGUAACAUAUCGGAAGGAUACGCUAAGAACUUGUAGUUUCAAUGUGUAACGGUAGUUUGAACGAUCAUUAGCGGUAUCUUAAUGAAACUUUUUCAAACAUCAUAUUUAGCACAGAGUCUCGCGCUCUGAUUAAUCCGAUAUUUCGAGUUUCUGAAGAUAAAAGAAAAUUAAUAAUAAUAAUAAUAAUAAAUCAAAUAUAUUUACAUACAUGUAAUCACGCGUGUAAACAACCCUAGAAGUGACACGAGUUCUCGAACCCCGGACACCAUGGCGAGCAGGAUGAAGUCACUUUACGAUCAGGUAAUUUUCGAACGAAGAGUACUUCUGGGCUGCACGUGUCUCGUCGGUCUUUCUGUCUGCAUUUGGGCGAUCGCGAUCGGCACUGACCACUGGUUCCUGGUCUCGGCACCGAACCAAAUUACAGGACUUCCCCUCAACCCUGGUGACAACAAAGGCAGGGUCCUCCUCUACAGGCACCAGGGUCUCUGGGGCGCGUGUACGCACGGACAGGAAAACGGGACUGCUUUUGAGGAUUGCAAACGUCAGGUAUUAUUUCCCAAGAAUUCUGACGCUUUACGGAAUCCCAGACCUGAGAAAAAGAUGCUGGUCUACAUCAAAACUCAGGUUUCAUUUGCUGUGAUCAGUAUAUUCCUGAUGCUUAUGGGAUUCGGAUUUUCCAUCUACACUUUCCGCAAUCCCAGAUACAUGUUCAAGAGGCUCGCCGGUGGAAUCCACUUCAUCACAGCCGCCUGCGUGAUGGUCGUCAUUCAAGUGGUCCAAUCCGCCAUCGAGUACGAGAAACUCAACGUUUUUGAAACCUUUCCAAAAGGGGCUGUGAAGAAGUACGACUACUCGAUGGUGCUUGCCUGGCUCGUCUUCCUUGCAAACUUGAUCGCCGGUUGCGCUUUCAUGUUAUUCUCGAGGAAACGGAAACGCGACAAGGCUCCAACGGAGGAAAUCGCCAUGGCCGACGAGCCGACGAUUAUCGGCCGUUAAUUGCCUUCGAUUAAUUUUGAAAUUUUUUGCACAUUUGUAUUUUUGUUCUGAUUGAAAGUAUACGUGGAAACAUAUAUAUAUUUCAUUACCUACUGAAACUGUUUUCGAAAGACGUUUAGAUGAAUUUGAAGAGCCUGCAGCAGGCCGACGAGGAGAUGGAGAAGAGAGAGUUUCAAUCGAAAGCUUCGAAUCUGCUUCGUCGAUGAAACAGAGACCUGACGCAAGUUCGCGGAGCUUUAUUUCGGAGCUUAUUUAUAGUCGGUAAUGCAGAAAGCGCUGCAAGCCGAUUUAUCCGUCGGUUUCGAAAGCCUUGUCUUGUCAAAAAGUGUCGAUAAUUAAACUUCAAACUGAGCUGGUAAAACAUCUUGUGUCAGAGAAAAUUGUAA